UUCCGCGGACCUCCUGAUGGGAGGACCCCGAAGGGAGCGGGGCGUGCUGGGAUGGAUGGAUGGAUGGAUGGAGAGCAAGCGCGCUGCUCGUCUCCCAGCUGGCGGGAAGGCCAGCUCCCGGCACCCCGCCUUUCCUCUUGGCGUGCUUCUGCCGGAGCCUGAGCUCCCCGGUGCCCACGGGCACCUGUGCGCCCCGCAGCUCCCGCCCGGAUCCCGAACCCGAGCCCGAAUCCGUGUUCCCACGCGAGGUCCGCCUCUUCAGCGACUCUUACUCGGAGAGCAGCCGGUUCUGCUUCUGUGGGCACGAGCUGAGCAUCACGCAAAACUUUGGGUCGCGCCUUGGGGUGGCGGCACGCGUGUGGGAUGCGGCUCUGAGCCUGUGUAACUUUUUCGAGAGUCAGAAUGUGGAUUUUCGAGGCAAGAAGGUGAUCGAAUUGGGCGCUGGGACGGGCAUCGUGGGAAUCCUGGCGGCGCUGCAGGUGCUAAAGUCCCAGGCCUGUGCUGCUACCAUCACGCUCAGCCCUUGGCCCUCUUCUGUAAACUCUGCGAGGGGUGGAUUCUUACCUGUCUUGCUCACUGAGGUGUUCCAGACACCGCCUGGCAUCCAGACCCAUGGGGGGGAUGUUACCAUCACUGACUUACCACUGGUCCUGGAGCAGAUCCAGGAGAAUGUCCGCGCUAACGUGCCGUCUGGAGGCCGGGCGAAGGUGUGUGCCUUGUCCUGGGGAAUGGACCAGCAUGGCUUUCCUGGAAACUAUGACUUGGUGCUGGGGGCAGAUAUCGUGUACCUGGAGCCUACCUUCCCACUGCUGUUGGGGACCCUCCAACACCUGUGUGGGCCCCAUGGCACCAUCUACCUGGCCUCCAAGAUGAGGGAGGAGCAUGGGACAGAGAGCUUCUUUCAACACUUCCUGCCCCAGCACUUCCAACUGGAGCUGGCCCAGCGGGAUGAGGACGUGAAUGUCAACAUCUAUAGGGCCAGGCACAGGGAAGGGAGACCUGCCGGACAUCACCCUUCCUGUUGACCUCAGCCCCAGAGCCGUAAACAUCAGGACAAAAGGAAAGGAUGGCUUGCCUGUCUUCUUUCUUCCCUCCUCUAAUUUGUUCCCCUAGGCAUUCUCGGGAAGAUGCAGGAAGGGGACUGCCUGUUAAAAACAGCAGAAUCCUAGAAGCAUUGGGUUUAAAGCCCAAAGAAGGUGCCCAGCACUUGUCUCCAGAGGGGGAGGGCGAGAAGGUAGUCAGGAUAUUUAGGGGCGAGGGAGGUACAGUGGCUGCAGAGAGACUGUCACCGGUCACUCCCAGUUCUUUCAACAGAAUGGACUCUUCUGUUUGUUUGUUUUUUGAGACAGGGUUUCUCUGUGUAGAUUUGACUCACUGUGUAGCCCAGGC